UGCAAAAGGCAUUUAAAGCCUCCACCACAGCGGUAAUGAUCUGUUUUUUUACAUGUUGGCCAGUGCUGCAGGUCUGAGCCUAAAAACCUGAAGAAAAAAUGGAGAUGGACGACAUUUAUGACAAUGUUGAGAACAAACCUGCCUAUUCCAGACCUUUGGCCCAUCAGACCGCUCCUCAGGUCUCAAACAGGGGCUUACGUGGAGCUGUUGUCUUUCUGGGGUUGCUCUGUGGUUUCCUGGUCGUCGGACUCAUCGGAGUCAGAGUCCACUAUUUUCUUGCAACACGUGCCUUGGCUACGGAGAAAUCCAACCUGACGGAGGAGAGGGACCGGCUCAACGCCUGCCUCGUCAAAGCCACUCAGGAGCUGAAAAAGCUUGGGAUGGGUCCAUCUAAUGUGGUGUUCUCGGCUUCACUGGUAACCACUACUGACUGGACGUACGAAGGACCGUUUGACACUGACGUUACACUGAUCUUCAAGAGAGUGGUAACUAACGUUGGCAACGGAUACAACUCCAACACAGGCAUCUUCACGGCCCCCACAAAGGGCGUCUACUACUUCUCGUUCACCGGCUGCGUGGGAACCUCAGGUAAAUUGAAUGCAGCAUUGGUCAAGAACAGUGAACUCAUCUCUGCGAUCUACGACACACGGGGAACGUACGGCUGUGGCUCUAACAGCGUGACGGUGCAGCUAGAGGUCAGCGACACUGUCUUCAUCCGUCUCUGGAAUCGCCACAGCAUCUUUGACCAGAGCAGACUCAGCACCUUCACCGGGUUCCUCCUCUUCGCCGUGUAGACCCACAUGUCUGCAGAGUCCACAAACACAGAAGUGAAAUGUUUUUUAAUGGAUGUGUACAAGGUGUUUAAUACAUUUCAUCGAGGGAGUAGGUUUGAUUUUGACAUUGGUGGGGACACAAAAGUGCUCCAAGGCAGCACUCCUGAAAGUUAAUGUUUUUUUGCAUUUGCGAUCAUAAUUUUACAUCAUGUAGACCUGAUCAAAUGAGCAAACAAUCAUAGUCAGAAAAAAAUUCUGUAAUUGACAUGUUUAUAAUGCAUAUCUGAAUAUCUAAAGACAAUACAAGCAUUUAA